CUAGCGCCAACCGUUGCGCUAUUUGGCUCUGUGGAGCUUGGAGGAGGAGGCGCUGCUUCCCCUGCCCUCCAACUCACCUGUAUGGACGAGCACCUUAGCCUUCUUCGUUCUCCUCCACCUUCCUCCACCAAGCACCGAAGUAGCAAUAUUGUGAACCCGGGUUACACCGAGACAGAGCAGGACAUCAUGACGGUGGUAGCUUGUGAUAACAUGUUGGAGGAGACUGCCGCUCUUCCUGGGCACCAUUCAAUGGACCGCUACGAACCUGACCACGAAUGCUGUGAGAGGGUGGUCAUCAACAUUUCUGGACUACGCUUUGAAACCCAACUCAAAACAUUAGCCCAAUUCCCCGACACCUUGCUUGGCGACCCAAAGAAAAGGAUGAGAUAUUUCGACCCCUUAAGAAACGAAUACUUCUUUGACAGGAACAGACCGAGUUUUGAUGCAAUCUUGUAUUACUAUCAAUCAGGAGGUCGAAUAAGGAGACCUGUUAAUGUCCCAAUAGACAUAUUCUCUGAAGAAAUCAGAUUUUAUGAACUUGGGGAGGAGGCAAUGGAAAAAUUUAAAGACGAUGAAGGAUUUAUUAAAGAAGAGGAGCGUCCAUUGCCUACAAAUGAGUUUCAAAGACAGGUGUGGCUUCUUUUUGAGUACCCGGAAAGCUCUGGACCCGCCAGGGGCAUUGCCAUAGUGUCUGUUUUGGUUAUAUUGAUUUCCAUUGUUAUUUUCUGUUUGGAAACCUUACCUGAAUUCCGAGAUGAUAAAGAAUACAAUGGGCCAAUUGCACCUGUACUGAAUGGAACAAAUUCCCAUCUGACCAUUACAUUUGCAGACCCCUUCUUUGUGGUAGAGACACUUUGUAUUAUUUGGUUCUCUUUUGAGUUGUUAGUUAGGUUCUUUGCUUGUCCAAGCAAAGCAACAUUUUCCAAAAACAUAAUGAACAUCAUCGAUAUUGUUGCAAUCAUUCCUUAUUUUAUUACACUUGGAACUGAGCUGGCUGAAAGGCAAGGGAAUGGUCAACAGGCAAUGUCCUUGGCUAUUCUGAGGGUUAUUAGGCUAGUUAGAGUUUUCAGAAUCUUUAAGCUGUCCAGACACUCCAAAGGACUUCAAAUUUUAGGACAAACCCUAAAAGCCAGCAUGCGAGAACUUGGACUAUUAAUUUUUUUCCUUUUCAUAGGGGUGAUUCUAUUCUCCAGUGCUGUUUAUUUUGCCGAAGCUGAUGACCCAACUUCUGAAUUUAACAGCAUCCCCGAUGCUUUUUGGUGGGCUGUAGUUACCAUGACGACUGUUGGGUACGGCGACAUGCACCCGGUUACUAUAGGAGGCAAAAUAGUCGGGUCGCUCUGUGCAAUCGCUGGUGUUCUAACAAUUGCUUUGCCUGUCCCUGUCAUUGUGUCAAAUUUUAACUAUUUCUACCACAGGGAAACCGAAGGAGAAGAGCAAGCCCAAUACUUGCACGUUGGCAGCUGCCAGCACCUGUCAUCAACUGAAGAUCUGAAAAAGACACGCAGCACCUCGUCACUCAGUAAAUCCGAAUACAUGGUUAUAGAAGAAGGCAUCAACAACAGUGCAUUUAAGCAACCUAACUUUAAGUCUGCCAACUGCACUGGAAAUAACCAGAACUGUGUAAAUAUAAAAAAGAUUUUUACAGAUGUGUAACAAUUAUGUGAAGUGUUUGUGGAAAUAAUAUAUAUCUUAUAUAUUAUAUUUUGUGGAGGAACAACAUCGGUAGAAAUGUGACCCAGUUCCUAUAAUUCUCAAAGUCCAUUUCUCGUAGAAGAUGAACAUGCUUACAUUGCUCAAUGUGUGAAGAAAUGUUUCUGUUAUCAGAAAUGAGAGCUGUGAUCUGGGAUGCUUGUAGGUAUUCUAUGUUUUCGUUUUUUCACGAACAGAAGCGUGAAGUGCUUCCAGUGUAGUUUAUUACACUCGGUUUUAAACUUGGCGUUUGUGAAGACAUUUACUCCUUGUGAAAAGCAGGUUAUGAAAAACGGUGAAACAAGUACUGUAACCGCAUUAUCAUAAUGACAAUGCGGACAAAUAAACAUUGUAUUUAUAUAGUGAGUACUUACGGUAACAGUUACAAAGUGUAUGUAAGUGAUAACCAUGGAAUAUUGUUGUGGUGUUUCAACUAGUUAACCUCUUAUGUACACGUAUUGAACUAGAGUUGAAGCUUCUAACUUCAUUUGAUACCAGCUGUACUCCGCAUACCGGCAACCAGAAUACAGACGAAAUAUAUUA